UACAUAUAUUGAUAAGCCUACUUGUAACAUGUUCAUUUGAACCCAAGGUUAUUUCCACAUGGUAUAGAACAUUAUGAGAAAACUUCCCAUGUCAUAAUUGAUUUGAAGUUUAAACAGCUCACAGUUACCCAAUUAGUUACAUGUACUGAAAAGGGAAGUGAUUUUUUUUCCUUGAGAACAAGUCGACAGGUCAGGUUACCUCCACUCACCUGCACACACCUGUACACAAAGCCCUUUGUGUCUCACCUGAGGUCAACAGUCAUGAGUCAUACCUCACCACUUCCACUAUACCUGUUCCUCUUUCACUUUCUAGCUAAACAAUUGGGUAUGCACUCAAGCACAACUUAUCAGUUAAAAUAUUAGAGCAGUUUAUAGCCCAGCCAAGUAACUUGUACCAUACAGUCAUUAAGUUAACGUAUUGUUCCCAAGUGUUUGACUUCUGCCACAUAGACUAGAGAAACCAGCGAAACAGUUUAAGAGAGGACUUGUAUAUCCAGGUAAGAACAUUUUUUGUUGGACAGACUAUUCAAACCUAUAGAAAGCAGAACUGCUCUACUCAAGGCAGACUUUCUAUAUUGUGUCUUUUAACUGAACCUGAACAUUAAAGUAAACUGUACCCAUGCAUGAAGGUACAAUAGUGUGUUUUUAUUACUGACAGUAGACAUUGUAUUGUCUGGUGUGUAUAUGUAUUCUAUAUGUAUCAAAUUUUUAACCCUUGGUUUGAGUGGUUUCACUACAAAGAAAAUCAUAUUAAUGUAUAUUUUUCCAUAUACAGCUAAGUUCAAGUUAUACUCAGAAGAUGACAACAGCUGAAUUGGAUAGUACGACAGAACUACACAAUAACAUAAAUUAAGUUUAUAAAAACCAAAUGUAAAUGGAAAAGUGGAAGUGCCUGGUAACUACAGUACAUGUACUGUACAAUGUUAUGUACAUGUAUGUGCCAUAUUCCAUGUUAAUGAGCAACUCCUGUGCUCUUUCAGAUUCAUCUCAAUCAUAAGAAAGGAAACAACUCAUACAACAAGCCAAAAUGGAAAACCCACAGAAGAUGCACAGUAUGUACAAUUUACUGUGUCUCUGCAUGUUUCUACUGUCAGUCAAGGGGGACCAAGUACAAUUAGCAAACCCCUAUGGCUGUGAAGAGUGGACCACCCUGGAUACCUGUACCAAACUACAACUGAGCAAAGUGCCAGCUGGCAUUCCCUCAUCUACUCUUCAUUUGGACCUACAUGACAACAGUAUCACACAGCUACAACAUCAAGACUUUAGAGCAUUGAUCAACCUUCAGUCCCUAGAUUUAAGGUGGAACGACAUAGACCAUAUCCAAAAUGCAACUUUUGCUCCACUAGCCAACUUGAAGACCCUAAAUGUGUCAGGAAACAAAAUCCAUGUUUCUCUGCUACCUCAGGUAGUGGAUUUUCUGCCUUCUCUCCAACACCUUGAGAUAUCCCUCAACUGGAAAUGGGACGAUCCAGUCAUGCUGGGGAAUAGGACCAGUUUUAAAGGCCUUCGAAAUCUGGUUUCUCUAAACCUGGGUGGGAAUGACAUUGUUGAUGUAAAAGAGAACUCCUUUGAUGGACUAGACAAGCUACAGCGUCUCAAUCUUAGGAACAAUCUCAUCUCACAUAUCAGCGAAGCAGCCUUCCACCCCCUCAAAGAGUUAGUACACCUGGAUCUCUCAAACAACUACCUUUCAGACAACAUCCUACAACUGGACAAGCUUUGGACAUCAGUGUUGAAUCUGACAUAUCUUGACUUGUCUGAAAACCUGCUGUCUUUCACACACUUCCCGUUAGCUUUCCAAAACUUGUCCCUCCUGCACACCCUGGACCUCUCCAGGAAUGAGCUGACAAACCUGACGACAGAUGACUUUGCACCGCUGUUCUCCACUCCACUACAUACCCUUCAGAUGGAGCGGAACUCUAUCAGUCACAUCGACCAGGGGCUUCUGACGUCUUUCACAAACCUCAAGUCUCUAAAACUACAGUCGAAUCCCAUCUUGUUUUCCCAGCUGAAAGAAAAACUUGAGGGGCUACAGAUAGAAGAGUUGACACUGGGAGGAAGCCCUGAUUUGGACAUCAUCACAAGUGAAACAUUUCCCUCACUUCCUUCCCUGAAGCACCUGACAGUGAGUCUGCUUUAUGAAUGGAGCCCUUCAAUCAAAUCAAGCAGACUGAUGGAGGCAAGCUUCCUCAACCUGCCAAAUCUGACACAACUUUCCUUCGAGGACUAUUCUCUUGUCACAAUUGAACCCUACACCUUUACUGGCCUGGAAUAUUUACAAAGGCUUGAGUUGGGAGAAAACAAGCUCACAGACUUCCUAGCACAUGUGUUUGAUGGUUUGUCGUCCCUCACACAUCUAGGCCUGGGCAAUAAUGGCCUCACAGCAGUCAGGGCACACUACUUUCACGGUCUGAAGAAUCUGUUUUGGCUGAAUCUUCAGAACAAUGAAAUCAUGUCCAUCAAAGAAACAGCCUUCAAAGGCAUUGAAAGCCUUCAAUAUCUUGUUCUGACUUCAAACGAUCUCAGCACAGUGGCAGGCUUACAGGGCCUUCCUAAUCUACGUCAUCUUUACUUGGACAGCAAUAACUUCACCUUUCUUCAAGCAGGUUCCUUCAGCGGACUGGAGAAGCUAACACACCUGACUCUCGCUCAUAACUGGAUCAACAAGAUACAGAAGGAAGCUUUUUCUGGCCUUGCAAUGCUAAAGUGGCUGAGCUUGGCAGAUAACAGACUUACUAAUCUGACGUCCUGGGCAUUCGAUGGGCUGUCAGCAUUAGAGGAAAUACAGCUACAGCACAAUGUGAUUAUGGCUGUUGAACCGUACGCUUUUCAUGGCUUAGAACAAAUGACAAAACUCAACCUGAAAGGGCACAGCAUUGCAACGAUCCCUGACAAUGCCUUCAUGGGUUUACACAACUUAACUGAGCUGGACCUAAGCGGAAACCAAAUCAAGACAUUUGGGAAGAAAGCUUUCCAUGGUUUAGGUAACCUAAGAGUUUUACAGCUGCAGCAAAAUGAGAUUACUGUCUUGGAUGAAAAUGUCUUCAAACAGGUCUUAGAGCAUGUAAGGAAAAUUGAUAUACAGGACAAUCCUUUCUUCUGUGAUUGCAACCUGUUAUGGUUUGUUUUCAAAGCAAACAGUCAACCACUGAAGGUUGUUGGAUGGAAUACAAACUCCUUUAAAUGUGCUGCACCUCCCAAGGACCAAGGAAAGUCUCUACAAAUCCUCCCUUCUGAGUGUGAACUUGUGUUCAUGCCAAACUUAUGGCUGGCCAGCUUACUUUCUUCCUUAGGGAUCUUCCUGUUUGUGAUGACCACCUUCUGUGUGAACUACUACAGCUGGAGGUUCCGUGACCUGUGGUUCAGGAUGAGACACAGGGACAGGGUGGUGGGAGUCCGGGACGGCGAUCACAGGUUCGUCUUUGACGCCUUCAUAGCGCAUCACAACGAGGACAGACGGUGGGUUGAGCGAGACCUGUGCCGAAAUCUAGAACGUUCUGAUAACAGUCCAAACUACCGUCUGUGUCUCCACCAGCGAGACUUCCAGGCAGGCAUUCCCAUCAUCACCAACAUCCGCACGGCUGUGGACGGCAGCAGGAAGAUCGUGUGUGUCGUCACCAGGAGCUUCCUGCGCAGCCGCUGGUGUCAGUUUGAGUUCCAGCUGGCCCAGCACACCAUGAUCGAGGAGGGAGGGGGGAUACGGCUCGUCCUGGUGUUCCUGGAGGACAUCCCCCGCCCCCUGGUGCAGCAGUACCGCCACCUGCAGGCUGUGGUGGACAGGGACACGUACCUGGAGUGGCCUGACGAUCCGAGGGAGCGGCCCCUGUUCUGGAGGAGGCUGCGAGCUGCGUUAGGACAGCCGUUAGAACAGGAGCCUAACGAUCAUGACUCUGAGCCAGACCAACAGGGCUUUAUGGCAUUAAUGGAGGUGUGACA